AUGAACAAGCUCUUCGCUCCCGCUCCCGAGCCUCGCACCCCGCUUGGCCGCUACCGCGUCCUCGGGCCGCACUGCGGCCUGCGCGUCUCGCCUCUUCAGCUAGGCGCCAUGUCGAUCGGUGAGGCGUGGGAGGAGUUCAUGGGCAGCAUGACCAAGGAGCAGAGCUUCAAGCUCCUCGACGCCUUCCUCGAGGCCGGCGGCAACAUGAUCGACACGGCCAACAACUAUCAGAACGAGGAGAGCGAGACGUGGAUCGGCGAGUGGAUGGCCUCGAGGAACGUGCGCGACCGCGUCGUCAUCGCGACCAAGUUCACCACCAACUACAAGACGUACUCGCCCGACCUCGACCGCAACCAGGUCGUCCAGUACGGCGGCAACAACAAGCGCUCGCUCCACAUGUCGGUCCGCGACAGCCUCAAGAAGCUCCAGGUCGACUUUAUCGACAUCCUGUACGUCCACUGGUGGGACUGGACCACCUCGAUCAAGGAGAUGAUGGACAGCCUGCACAUGCUCGUCGAGGCCGGCAAGGUCCUGUACUUGGGCGUCUCGGACACGCCGGCCUGGGUCGUCGCGGCCGCCAACCAGUACGCGCUCGACCACGGCAAGACGCCCUUUGUCAUCUACCAGGGCAAGUGGAACGUCAUGGUCCGAGACUUUGAGCGCGACAUCAUCCCCAUGUGCCGCCAGUUCGGCCUCGCCCUCGCUCCCUGGGACGCCAUCGCCUCGGGCCGGCUCCUGACGCAGAAGCAGCUCGACGAGCGCGCCGCUGCGGGCGAGCAGCUGCGUCGCGGUGGCAACGAGCGCUCGGACCUCGAGAUCAAGUACGCCGAGUGCCUCGCCGAGGUCGCCGCCGAGCACGGCAUCGAGUCGGUCACGGCCGUCGCUCUUGCCUACCUCAUGGCCAAGACGCCUCACGUCUUCCCGAUCGUCGGCGGUCGCAAGGUCGAGCACCUCCACGACAACAUCCAGUCGCUCUCGAUCAAGCUCACGGACGCCCAGGUCGACAAGAUCGACAGCGUCCAGCAGUUCGAGCACGGCUUCCCGCACAACUUCUGCGGAACCGACUCGAGCUUGCCGCCGUCGAAGCACCAGCCGUCGAACAUGCUCCUCCCGUCGCAGGGGACUAUCGACGUGCUGCCGGGCCCGAAGCCUUUCGGCAGGGCCUGAGCGCCGCGUCUCGACGAGGACAAAGAACCCUCUCGCGCUCUCUGCAACCCGGUAUCUCUCUGUGUC